AAAUGGCUACAAAAUCUCAAACCACACAAAUAUUUCUCUCCCUGCUAGCCCUUUCACCGCUUAUUGGAACCUCCCAUGGCGGUGGCAUAGCCAUCUACUGGGGCCAAAACGGCAACGAGGGUAACCUUACCUCAACAUGUGCCACAGGAAAAUAUGCCUAUGUUAACGUAGCAUUUCUCAACAAGUUUGGCGGCGGGCAGACCCCGGAACUCAACCUUGCAGGCCAUUGCAACCCUGAUUCUGGCGGGUGCAAAAUUGUUAGCAUUGGUAUAAAAUAUUGUCAGUGCCGAGGCAUCAAGGUGAUGCUUUCUCUUGGAGGGGGAAUUGGUAACUAUACUCUUACCUCUACUGCUGAUGCCAAAAAUGUUGCAGAUUAUUUGUGGAAUACUUUCUUGGGAGGAAGUUCAAGUUCCAGACCUUUAGGUGAUGCUGUUUUGGAUGGAAUCGAUUUUGAUAUCGAGAGUGGUUCAACUUAUCAUUGGGAUAAUCUUGCUCGUUUCUUAUCGGCUUACAGUAAGCCUGUAAAAAAAGUGUACUUAACAGCAGCUCCUCAGUGUCCAUUUCCUGAUAGAUUACUGGGAACUGCAAUUAACACAGGGCUUUUUGACUAUGUUUGGGUUCAGUUUUACAACAACCCACCUUGCCAAUACACAAAAGGAGACACUUCGAAUCUUUUGAAUUCAUGGAAAAACAAUUGGGCGCCAUCCUUGAAAGGAGGGAAGCUGUUUUUGGGGCUGCCAGCAGCCCCUGCUGCAGCUUGAAGUGGGUAUAUUCCUCCUGAUGUGUUGAAUUCUCA